AUAGUUUGUUUUUGUUGCUUUGCAGAGCUGAGAAGAAUUGGUUGUCGUGUUUCUGCGCUACGCUGCGGUUCAAUAAAAUUGUGAAUUUUCCAAAGGAAAAAUUAUAAUAAAAGUGUGUGUAAAGCACUAAAAAAUCGCGAGAAAUAAAGCUUAAUCAGCUUUGCUCAAAUCUAUGGCGUGUGCGUCUAAAUUUUGUGGCCACAAAUAAGAAAUAUAAAUAAGCAAGUGAAAAUUUACCACCCCCAGUGAAAAAUUGUGAAAAACAGUGCAAUACACAAACGAGCAUUACGCAUAGUGAAAAAUCUUUAAUAGCAUUACGUAGUGAAAAAAGUAAAGUCGUAAAAACAAAACGAAAUUUACUGAGACACACACACAAAAAUCAACAGCAUUAAUUUUGCACCUUAAUUUGUCUACAAAUUUAUUGGGUACCAGCAGUAAAAGCGUCAAGACGCCGCCAACAGCGCCAGCCUCACCCCCAGCGGAGCAUAAGUGCGUGAUGCGUGACCUCGGCACAAAAAUGGCCGAGCUGAAAUUUGAGGCUCCUUUAGCUAAAUUCGAGGAGACAGACGAAUGGGGCGGUUGUGACUUCAUUACUCAUCAGAAUACGAUCAACGAUACAUUGAAUUUGAAUCUGAAAGAUCCGGCUAUGAAGCAAGAGGCCAAGAUGCGCCUACUCGAGGAGGCUGUACGCGAUGCGCAUGUAAGCAAGAAUGGUGUACUGAUGACAAACGGCACUGCUACUGGCGACAGAGCUGGCAGCGGUGCAGCAAGUCCCAAUUGCAAUUCCAUGCAGACCGCUGAACUGGGAUUGGAUGUGGGAUUGGCGCCUGGCGAUGAUGGUUGCGAUAAGCGUUCCACCACUGGCGAUACAGUGGAUAAUUUUGCUGAGACUUUUGGCGGAAGUCUCGAGGAUUUAGUGAAUACAUUUGACGAAAAGAUUACCAAAUGUUUUGGGAAUUUCGAAGAGAACGUCGAAGACUUGGCACCGGUGCAGGUGCGCAGUCAAGAGGAAAUAAUGAAUGAAUGCCAAAUGUGGUGGACCAUCACUGGCAAUUUUGGCAACAUUCUUCCCAUCGAUUGGUCGAAAUCAUUUACACGCCAAAUGCAUAUGCCCACAUUGAAUUUGGGCCAAAAUCAGUUGGGUGCUGGUAAUGGCAGUAUUGGCAAUUCACUUGAUGCCACCACACCCGGUGAUGAGUUGACUAGCGAAGAUGAGGCAGUGGCCAAUGAUCUCGACAUGCAUGCACUGAUAUUAAAUGGGCUCAAUGCCGAACAGGAGGAACCCAUCAAAUCGGUUGAGGAGGUAAUCAAGGAGAUUGAUGAUAUUAUGGAUGAGGCUGAGAGUCCAUUAGAUGAAGCAGAAACAUGCGAAUCGGAAGUGAUAGAGAAGGCUAGAGAGGUGUUGGGCGCGCCAUUGUAUGCGGAGAAAUUACAGUAUUUGUCGAUAUCACAAUUGAAUGAGCUCUACAUGGAAAUGGAAAUGCUCAUACAAGAACUCAGCGAGACCCUGAUCAAUGAGUUGGCGCUACGCGAUGAGCUCGAAUACGAGAAAGAGCUGAAAAAUUCCUUCAUCUCGCUGCUAUUAGCGGUACAGAACAAGCGCAGACAGUAUCAUGUGGAGAAGAAGCGUGGAAAAUUGCAAGGUCCGGAGCCAAAGUAUCUGACCACUGUCAUACCUUACCACAUGGAGAAUGGCACACCAAACAACCAGUCAUUGCAAGUGCUGAUCAAAAUCCUAAAAGCAAUCAAUGAGGACAGCCCAACCGUUCCAGCGCUGCUCACAGACUAUAUUCUAAAAGUACUCUGCCCCACAUAAACACGCACUGCGUUGGCUGGCGCAGUUGAGUUGUUAGGUGUUUUUAGUACAUAAUUGCAGUGAAUACAUUUAGAACAAAGAAACCAAAAAAACAAAAAAAAAAAAAAAACAAGAAACAAGAAAAUACAAAAACAAAAACUCAUUUUCGGUGAAAAAAAGAGAAGCUAAUAUAAAUGAACAAUUUAAGUUAUAUAAAAUUAUAUUUCUUAAUAAUGUUUUUUUUUAUUCUAUUUUUAGUUACUACCUAAAGUAAAACAAAAGAAACGUAUAAUGCAUAAAGUUAGAAGAUUUUAAUAAAAAAAAAGUAAUAAAAAGUAAAUGUGUGUAUAGCAUGUAGAAAAAUUUGUUUGCUGACAUUAACGAGCGGAGAAAAUAUCGAAGUGUAUGGCGUGCUGUUGAAAGAGGAGUAUUUUUAAUGUCAACUUCUUUUUCUCGUGUUUUUUGUUAAAUUAUUUGAACAGACAGCACAUUUUUAGUGAUAAAAUGUAAACAAAUUCUUACAAUUGAAAAUUCCUCCUACACUGCAAAAACGUGUGCUUUAGAGCGUUGAAAAGAAAGAAAGUUUGAUUUAACCUAAACUGCCCUACAAGAAAUAAAUAAAAUGUUGUAAAUUUGAUAGAAAAAAAUAAUUGUUUGCUGGUAGAGCAUAAUUAUGUAUUGGAAAAACUUGUUUUAAACACUGAUUGUUUGAAAAAAACUAAAAAGGAAAAAUUAGAUUGAUUUGAAAAGCUCAAAAAAAGAAAAUUUAAUCAAUUAUUACGCACCAUUAAAAAACUUCUAAAUCUUAAUACAUACAAAAAAACAAAGUCUGUCGGAGAAUAUGUAGACGCUUGAGACGUGAAAUAUAUUUUUUGAUAGAAAUUAACUAAUACAAAAUUCUUAACCCUCUGAGCUCCAAAAUUUAUUGUUUUCAUUAAAUGGGCAAAAUAGUUUGAUAAAAAUAGUUUGAAUUUUCUUACAAGAUAAUACUGGAUUCAUGGCGGAUUGCUACAUAAUUUAAUGCCGCAAAAUUAUAAAAGAAUUGUAAACAAAUUAUAAAAAAUGUAUUAAAAACUUAUAAAAACUUUAUAUCAAUCUUAUACUUAGUUUUCGAAGCAUUGAAAUUAAAAAAAUAAUUCUCAUCCCUACCAUGACUGCCGAGUAGAGCAGUUUUUCACUACCACUUUGUUGGUGUUGGACUCAAUGCCCACUGUGGGUAUGAGGCAUCAAAUGAUAUGGAGUUAUUUUAUAUAUUUAUAUUUUAUAAAUUUUUUAUAAUAUUUAGCGGACCCUUCUUCUGUGUUUUUGUCCGGCAUUAUCAAAGACGCGCUCGAAAAGCCUGGGAACCCCACAGUCUGAUCUCAAAAAUAGAUCCUCCUGCGCUAGGGGUCAAAAGGUCUAUGCGUGGCUUCAUGCCAGCUGGGGUUGCCUAACCUAACCUAGCUAACCCUCCGGGUACAUUUCUGCCAUAAAAAGCUUCUCAUAAAAAACAUUUGCCAUUCGAAAGAUUCUCCAUUUGUAGGACAACACGAGCACACGCAUCACCAAUUGGAUCUAAAUAUAUCCUCAAUCGUGUCAUAAUAUAUAAGCAUGUAUAGAAUCCUCUAACUCCUAGUUGGAGCGUAAGGCGUCCAAUUAGGUUUGCAGUGCACUGCCGGUCCUUUUUAUGCUCAAAAAGCCUGUGUCCUAGUAUAUUUAGGCUGCUUGAGUUGCAGAAAUCGACAUGUCGCUCGCCGUUACCAUUUCGAGUGCCCAAGCCAUUUCUACCCUUAACUCGCUUGAGUCGUGCGUUGUCAUGGCCGACUUUCGCAUGCAUGUCGCCUGCGACUAAGGUGAUGUCACCUCGGGUCAUAAAUUAUGCUAGAAAUUCAAAUUAGUGUAAAAGUUUAUGGCACGAGUGUUUAAUUUUCAUUGUAAUGGCGGAGUUAGUGCUGCCAGUAAUUAAAAACAGGACGUUAGAAAAAAUGUUUCUUAAAUUAACAUUAAAAUUAUACGCAAAACCACUGAGAACUCUGCUGAUUUUCUAUUAUUUGGUAAUUUUUUUUUUUAACCAUUUUCUAUAAAAUAAAACUAAAAUUAUACGCAAAACCACUGAGAACUCUAUCAGGUUUCUAUUUGCUGAAACAUUUUUUCGAUCAUCCAUUUGCAGUGUCAGGCAACAACUUUUAAAUUCCAAUGUAAUAUAAAAGUACCUUUUUUUAAAUAUUUUUUUAUCAAAUUUUUCUUUAGAAUUAUUACAUAUGUAUAUGUAUGCAUACAUUUCCCAACAUUUGACAUUACUAUUCUUUAAUCAAAGUUCAAUUUGCAAAAACUAUUUUUCUUUUUUUUUCAUUUCAUCAUAAAUUUUGAAAUAUAAGUGGAGGAUUGAGAAAAUGUAUUCGCACAUUUACAUUUGUUUCACGAUUUCUACUCUCUAAGAAUGAAGAAAAGAAAGAGAAAAAAGACAGAUUUAACUGUUAUGAGACCAUAGGCGAGUUCUGGUAAACUUGAUUGUGACAAUGUGCUGCAACCGCACCGUGUGCACUCGCUUGUAUACCGGAGCUUCAGUAUGUGGGGUGCGAUAACGCAGCAGCAGAACCAAACUACCAACUAACUAUCCCCUCAACAAGAUAAUUUAAUAAUUGCACCCUGGGAAAACCAAAACCCACCAAUAUACUUAAUUUCCAGCUACAAUCCUAAAAAACCUGGAUUCCUAAAAGCAACAGAUUACAGGCAACACACGCGUAUGUCGUGUUGCUGCUCUGUAACCAGCCUACCCUUGGCUUGUGGAUGUAAAUAAAUCAGGCUUUACCCAUCUAAACUCUCUUCCAAAAAAUUAACGCUUUUUUUUAAUUUGGAUGUCUCAAAAUCUAUACAAGUAUCUUGAAAACAAAUUUAAAAUGGGAAAAUUGCUUUUCUAAAUUUUUUUUUGCCUCAUUGAGUGCGUGAUAAGUAUUUUUAUGAGCUGUUGAACCUUUUAUAAACCUAUAACUCAAAAACUAGGUUGAUAUCGGAGAAAUAUUUUAGUGGUUUUCCAUUUUUUUCAUUGAACGCUGUAAGAGAAUGUUAAAAAAAUUAAAAUUGAAAUAUAAAAAUUAAAAAAAAAUUUUUUGUUUUAGGGCAGAUGUCUCGAAAAAUUUUGUUAAAUUUAGUAGAGAAAAAUUUUAUAAAAACAAUUCGCUUCGGUUCGUCAAAUUCUAUAAAUAUCCGUCAUCAAAUUCAUUAAAGUCAGAAGUCUUGAAAAUUUUUAUGAAAUUUUGUUGAAAAUUUUUAUCAAAUUUGGUCGAAAAAUUUUGUACGAAAAAUUCGCUUUGUUUCGUCGAAUUCUCUGAAUAUCCAUCAUGAAGUUCAGUUCAUUAGUUUCAUUGAAUGCUGGAAGAGAAUGUUAAAAAAACUAAAACUGAGAUUUAAAAAAAAUUUUUUUUUGAAGUCAGAUGUUUUGAAAAUUUUUAUGAAAUUUUGUCGAAAUUUUUUAUAAAACUUGGUCGAAAAAUUUUAUACAAAAAAUUCGAUUUGUUUCGUCAAAUUCUGUAAAUAUCCGUCAUGAAAUUCAGUUACCGCUUCGACUCCUAAUGCUUGUCUAAAACAAUCUAAGACUCUUCAAGAAUUGAAUCUGCAUAAGAAUCUUACAAGAGCAAACGCAAAUAAACCCAAAGUAAAAGUUGAUAAGCUAAGAAAGAAAAAAAAAACAUUAAAAUUCCUCGACUAUUUCACUGCAACAGGCGCACCUAAACAAACAACGCUUCGAUAUUAAUUGCUGUGUGUAUAUAAAAAACAUUUAUGUAAGUCUAUAUACUCCAUAUAAACUGGGUGCACACAGUAUAUGUGUGUGGAUUAGUAAGUUUAUAUGCAUAUUUAUGCAUUUUGUAAAGCUUAGUCUGUAUGACUCUGGCCCCUUUUAGUGCCGCAAAAAUUUACUUAGAUGUAUAAUUUUGUAAAGCUAAAUGUAAUUAAUUGUAAUUUAUUAUUUUGUAAUGCUUGUUAGCAGUGUUGCUUUACGUAUAAGUCAAAAUGCAUUAUAAUAGCGGUAAAAAAACAGUUAUGAAUAUAAUAUAUACGGAUAUGUAUAGAGAAACGUGGGCAUUGCAGCAAAAAAAUUGCCAAGGGAAUACUAACAAAGUGCAUUUCCGGCUCACUUUUUUACGUUAUGUAUUUUUAAUUGAAAAUAAAAUGCUUUUUGCUGCUGUUUUUUUAUCCAAAUACUGCCUACUUUCAAGAAAAAACUGUGAAAUUUAUUUUCCAUUUCGUGCUUGAUUCCAUAUAAAUGGCAGUCAAAUGCAUUCCCAUUUUGCUUAGGUAAAAAAUUAUGCAUUUUGGUCCAAUGGAAAUAUUACUCGUACAUUAUUGUUAUUUUUGUUGAAAUAUUAGCAAUUGUUUUUGUUUUUUUUUGCUAUUUGCCCAACUGAUUUCACUUUUCUUUUUAUUUUAAGUAUAAAAUUAAAAAUUAUCAAAUUUAUUAAACUAAAAAUCAAAUUUUAAUAAAUUUUUUUAUUAUCAAAUUAAAUAUGCAAAAAAAAUUUAUUUAAAAUUCAAUAAUUUUUUUUUUUUAUUAAAAUUUAAUAAAUUUUUUUACAUAUUUGGUUUGAUACUUUAUCCAUGCAAGCAAUUCGAUUUUACUUUCUGAAAAUAUUUUCAUAUUUUUUAAACUAAUUUAAAUUUUUAGUUAGCUUAUGAAAAUAAGAUUUUUAGUUGAAAAACAUACAAUAAAAAAAGAAAAAAAAAGCAAGAAACAAACAAGAAACAUAAAAUUAGCUUAAAACUAUUUAAAGUGGCCAUAUUAAUGCUUUCGUUACUGUUAACACCCAAGAAAAUUAUAUUGCAGAACUAUUUAAAUAUCCAAAUAUAUUCUGUUUAAAUAAAAAUACGCAUUUAUUCUUUAUUUUCUAGCACUUGGCACAGGUUCUUUGAAAAACUAAUUUACAUACAUGCUUCAGAAAGUUUUUUCCAAAUAACUAAUAAUAUUUCUUUAAAAAGGCAUUUUCGUGUUUCAAAUAAAUUUUCCAAGUAACUAAAAAAAAAUUAUAAUACCAAUAGUAUUGUAAUUAUCAAAUUUAUUUUUUUACAAAUUAUUAAAAUUUUUCAAAACCAAUUACGAGAGUGGCAGCUGCAAGUGUCUGAAAAUAUUUAAAAAGUAUACAAAAACAAUAUUUAAAAUGCUUCAAAAAAUGUAUUAAUUAUAUUUUAAUAAAACUUGCCGCUUUUAAAACCAUCUAAUUUUUUUCAAUUUUUAUCAAGGCGUAUUCAUUAAAGGUGGUGGCACUAGACCAACAACAAUAUUUUGUUUGUUUGACAGACAAAGCAAAGUGUUGGCAAAGUAGAAAACGAAGAGUGAAUUCGCCUUGUUUCAUUCUGAGCUGACAGCUACAUGAAUACGGCGAAGGAAAAAAAUAAAUCAGCUGAUUUACCGACACCACCUUUAAUAGAUUCAUCUUGAUUUUUGUCAAGCCCAAACGUAUGCAUCAGCAUUCAUUUUAUAAAUAAAAAAAUGUAAAACGGAAGAAAUUAAUUUUCAAAAGCAACUAUCAACUAUUCAAAAUUUUUACCGGGUUUUCUAUUCCCCUAUAUUUUCUAAUACACAUCAAGAUGAAUUUAUUAAAGAUGAUGAUGGCACGAGACCAAUAACAACGUUUGAUUGUCAAGGCAAAGUAUUGGCGAAGUAGAAAGCAAAGAAUGAAUUCGCCUUGUCUGAAGCUGUGAUGUCAGCCACAUGGGCACAGCUGAUUUACCAACACCACCUUUAAUACACAUCUUAUUGUUUACACAUUCUUUUGUUUAUACUAAAAUUUCACCCAGAUUUCUUGCACGCUCUCGCUGCAAAUUUUUGCUCGAAAUAAUUUUACUUUAAUGAAUAAUAAUUUAAAAAAAUAUUUCUACUCGAAAACUUUGAACAGCCAUUUUGGUAUAAACAAAUUUUUGCAUUAUUUACACCAACAAAAUUAUAGUAAUAAAUGAAAUAUUUAUUUGUAAAGUUUUCCAAAUCUAUGUUAUUAUUUACACAUUUUUUUAUUAGAUUUGCUAUGAUUUUGUGUGAAGGCUGUAAUACGCCAACUAAUUCUUCCAAUGCACUGUGUUAUUUUUAUAUCAACUAUUUCAUUGAUUUUUAUUUUUUAACUACAGCAAUAUUUUAUGUUUGAAACUUAUAAAAAUAAACUGCAUAGUUUAAAUAAAUUUCUUACUUAUAACUUUUUGAAAUGUAUUUUUUCCUCUUGUAAAUUUAUAUUUUCAAUAAAGUCUAUUUUCAUGUAAAAUAAUAA